CAGGCGCAAAUGGACUUUCGGAAUUCUGGAUUUGCUUGCAUGGCGGAAGGUAGUUGUUGCUAGCAGAAUUUUGGCUUCGAGUUCAGUGAAUCUUGAGAAGUUUUGAAAGGAAACAAACCGGCUUCAACAUGAGUAAAUUCAACUCAAAUAAGCAGACUGACUCGAAAUAUUUCACCACAACAAAGAAAGGUGAAAUAUAUGAAUUGAAAGGCGAGCUCAACAGUGAUAAGAAGGAGAAGAAGAAAGAAGCUGUAAAAAAGGUGAUAGCUAGUAUGACUGUAGGAAAGGAUGUCAGUGCUCUUUUUCCUGAUGUUGUUAACUGCAUGCAAACAGACAAUCUGGAAUUGAAGAAGCUUGUGUAUUUGUAUCUGAUGAACUAUGCAAAGUCUCAGCCAGACAUGGCAAUUAUGGCUGUUAAUACAUUUGUCAAGGAUUGCGAAGAUUCAAACCCACUAAUUAGGGCUCUUGCUGUGCGUACAAUGGGUUGCAUAAGAGUUGAUAAGAUCACAGAGUAUUUGUGUGAACCUCUACGCAAGUGUCUGAAGGAUGAGGACCCAUACGUUAGAAAGACGGCAGCUGUUUGUGUGGCAAAGUUACAUGAUAUCAAUGCAACAUUAGUGGAAGACCAAGGUUUUCUUGAAACUCUUAGGGACCUGCUUUCAGAUUCAAAUCCUAUGGUUGUUGCAAAUGCGGUGGCUGCUUUAGCUGAGAUUGCCGAUUCAUCCCCAAAUGCCCAUCAAUAUUUUGAAAUUAACCCACAGACAAUUAAUAAACUUCUUGCCGCCCUCAACGAGUGCACAGAAUGGGGACAGAUCUUUAUCCUCGACUCGCUUGCCACCUAUGAGCCUAAAGAUGAAAAAGAAGCACAAAGCAUCUGUGAAAGAAUCACUCCUCGCUUGUCUCAUGCUAAUGCUGCUGUUGUUCUGUCCGCAGUUAAGGUUUUGAUGAAAUUCAUGGAAAUGAUAUUGCAAAACUCGCCAUACAUGAACAGUCUUAUCAAGAAGCUUUCACCUCCUCUGGUCACCCUGUUGUCGGCUGAACCGGAGAUCCAAUACGUCGCGUUACGAAACAUCAAUCUUAUUGUUCAAAAGAGACCCGACAUUUUGAAACAUGAAAUCAAAGCAUUUUUUGUCAAGUACAAUGACCCAAUCUACGUGAAGCUAGAAAAAUUGGACAUUAUGAUUCGCCUGGCAACGCAGCAAAAUAUUGGACAAGUUCUUGCUGAACUCAAAGAAUAUGCUACCGAGGUUGAUGUCGAUUUUGUGAGAAAGUCUGUGCGUGCUAUAGGAAGAUGUGCAAUUAAAGUUGAGCAAUCAGCUGAGAAAUGUGUGACGACACUUCUGGAUUUGAUUCAGAACAAAGUAAAUUACGUGGUGCAGGAGGCCAUAAUUGUUUUGAAGGACAUCUUCAGAAGAUACCCAAACAAAUACGAGGGGAUCAUUGCUACGCUGUGCGAGAAUCUUGACUCACUUGACGAACCGGAAGCACGCGCAUCAAUGAUAUGGAUCAUUGGAGAGUAUGCAGAACGAAUUGACAAUGCUGAUGAGCUUUUGGCUACGUUCUUAGAAGGAUUCCAGGAUGAAAAUGCUCAGGUGCAGCUGCAGUUGCUAACUGGCAUAGUGAAGCUGUUUUUGAAGAGACCAACAGAUACCCAGGAAUUGGUGCAACAGGUUUUGAGUUUGGCAACGCAAGACAGUGACAAUCCUGAUCUUCGAGAUAGAGGAUAUAUUUACUGGAGAUUGCUGUCGACCGACCCUGCUGCUGCGAAGGAUGUGGUAUUGGCUGAAAAACCAUUGAUAUCAGAGGAAACCGAUUUACUGGAGCCGAGUCUCCUUGAUGAGCUUAUAUGCCAUAUAUCUAGCCUCGCAUCGGUGUACCACAAGCCUCCUAGCUCGUUUGUUGCUGGUCGCACCCCGGUUCGUCGUGCUGCUCUACCUUCGAGAAUGGAACCCGCAGGGGAGCCUGACGACGGCACUCCAGUGCUGGAAACCGCCGAACCGGCUGCCCCAAGUCAGCCUGCCGCUGCACCCCAAGCCGGAGGAAACUUACUCAUUGGGGAUCUCCUGGCAAUGGAUUUCGGAGCUAAACCCACCCCAGCCCAACCAACUUUCCAACCACAACCCCCUAUCCAGCAAGCACCACCAGCGGGUGGAAUCGAUCUUCUUAGCGGCGACCUUGGAGGAUUAUCUUUGGGAGAGCAACCUCCUCCACAGCCCUCGUUCGGCGGCGCUGCAGGCAUUGGAGAUCUCUUCAGUCUCAGUGGUGCAGUGUCAUCGGCUGGCUACACCCCGCCAAAAUCUAUAUGGCUGCCAGCAUCCAAGGGAAAAGGUCUUGAAAUUUCGGGCACAUUUAGUCGUCGCCAGGGUCAUAUUUACAUGGAUCUUACAUUCACCAACGUAGCGAUGCAAGCUAUGGGAGGGUUCGCGAUUCAGUUCAACAAAAACAGCUUUGGGUUAACUCCUGCUGCCCCGUUACAAGUCAAUACACCUCUACCACCAAACCAGAAGGCAGAUGCAUCAUUGCAGCUCAAUACCUCCGGUCCUGUCCAAAGGAUGGAUCCUCUCAGCAACUUGCAAGUGGCAAUUAAAAACAACAUCGAUGUAUUCUACUUUGGUUGUGUUGUUCCUCUUCACGUAUACUUUGUUGAAGAUGGUGAAAUGGAUCGAAAAGUUUUCCUCGCAACAUGGAAAGAUAUACCAGCGUCCAAUGAAGUACAAAGCCAGAUUACCGAUAUUCAGUUAUCGCCAGAUGCAGUUCAGCAAAGAUUUGCAGCCAAUAACAUCUUUACAAUUGCUCGUAGAGUCGUAGAUGGACAGGAGAUGCUGUACCAGUCUGUGAGAUUUACUAACGGUAUCUGGGUGAUGGCAGAACUCAAAAUGAUUCCAGGCAAUUCCAUCAUAUCGCUGGCGCUGAAAACCAGAGCUCUUGAUGUCAUUCAAGGGGUUCAAGAAGUGUAUGAAUCUAUUCUUCGCCAGUAGAUCUUAUUAUGGACAAUAAUACAAGAUAAUGUCUCUGGGAUAUGUAUUCCAUUUAAUUUGAUAAUGAUGAUAGUUAUAAAAUUUUCUUUA